GGCGCGAGAUACUUCCGAAGAUCUCCGAACAUUUUGUUUUUCGUAGUUCACCCUCGUGCCCGGCCCUCGUGCCAUAAUUCAAGAUGGCCGGCGAUAACAAGGAAUCGAUAGCAAUAAACCACGAUAAAUGCAAGGAGAUUGAUAUCUUUGAGGCUGUACAAUGUGGAGAUACCAGCAUGUGCAGGGAACUUGUCGGCCAGCAUGGCGUGAAAAUCCUCAGAACCUAUGACAGUCAUGGACACACUCCUUUGCACUGGGCAGCCUUAGGUGGUUACAGCGAUGUGAUAAAGUUCUUUAUAAACUGUGGGGUCGAAAUAAAUGAACAAAGUCGAUCUGAUUAUGGACCUUAUCCAAUCCACUGGGCAUGUGUUAAUGGUCAUAUUUUAUGCGUGGAUCUUCUCAUUCAAAAUGGAGCCUCUAUAAACUGUACAGACAACAAAGGUUGUACUCCUUUAAUUAUUACCGCACAAUAUGGAAAAGCAAUGUUGGCUGGAUACCUUAUAGGCAAGGGAGCAAAGACAUUUCUCACAGAUCAUGAAGGGGACUCAGCUCUACACUGGGCAUGUUUUAAAGGUCAUAGUGAAGUGGUGCAAUUACUGUUGUAUUCUGGUUUUGAUCCAAAGCAGAAAGAUAGGUUUGGUCAGACUCCCCUUCAUCUGGCCUGCCUCAGUGGAGACCUAGUUACCGUUGAACACAUUGUAGACAUGGAUGUUGAGUUAGAUGCUGUUGACAGUAAUAACAAGACUCCUUUAAGACUGGCCAUGGGGCGAGACUACAAGGAAAUUGUGUACUAUUUACAAGGCAAACUCAAUCGAUUUGUAUCCUGUCGCUUGAGAGACGUUGUAUUUGGCCCGCCUGGUAGAUCUAAAGGAGCACUCUUAUUUUUGUUAGGAAACUUGCUUAUUUGGGGCUAUCCCGUGUAUUUCUUCUAUGUUCUUCCAGAUACGUUGAGUUACAUGCCUUUGACUCACUACCUGUUUAUUUCCCUUAAUGUUAUUUUGUGGGUGUCGUUGUACUACGCCAACUCGAGGGAUCCGGGAUUUAUCCCGUGCCAUAGUCCCGAUUAUGACAUGGCGCUAAAACAGGUUCCAUUCUAUGAAGAGUGGCAGGUCAGAACAGGACAGAAUCCUCUGGAGAACCUUUGUCAUACGUGUAGACUGGUGCGACCCCUGCGUGCAAAGCAUUGUAGGAUAUGUAACCGGUGUGUCAAGCACUUUGAUCAUCACUGUCCGUACAUUAACAACUGCGUCGGCCUUCGGAACAGGGGCCCUUUCUCCAUAUUUGUAUCGUGUGUGGCGUUGUGUAGUUUCAUCACGGUGUACUUUGCUAUCACCAUGUUGUACUUGUUUGGGUUUAGCUGGUUGUUCCUUCUUGGACUGCUACAGUUUAUUGCGGUGUCCAUUCUCAUGGGAGCGCUCUUCAUCUUUAUACUCAAUCAAAUUUCAAUCAACCUUACUACUAACGAAAGAAUAAACAAGAAGCGAUACGCGUACCUCAGAGGACCAUCUGGGAUCUUUCUGAACCCGUUCGACAGGGGUUGCGUUAAGAACUGGUUAGAGUACUUUCACUGGGUGCAACCAUUUGACAAGAAACCGAAUCUUCUGUACAACGUGUAGCGGAUUGUUUCAGUGGAACAGUGAACGAUAAUUAUUCGACUAUAGUUAGAACCGUUGGAAAAGCCACCGAAUCUUCGCCCCAACAUGUUUGCUCGCUCGACGGAUCGUGACGUCAUUUUCCCAACCUCGAAGGGCUAAAGUUUUACUUGAUGAGAUAAAGUGGUGCGAUGAAGAACAUAGUUAUCCAAGAGUCAUUUUCAAGAUGACCCAAACGUUGUCUUGAACAUAUUCCGAAGGUCUGAUAAUAUGACCUCAACCUACCCCUGAAAUGGACCGAGGUCUCUCCAUCCCAAACGUAAAACCUCCCUUGCGUAAUGUAAGCCACUCUCCUGAUGUAACUCGGGUUAAAGAAUGGUAAUUACGCUCGGCUUUAUACCCCAUGAAAGUGAAAACCCAGCUUUGUCCAAGAUGAAGAAUGAUUCCUGGAGAUUAUGAAUGCUCCUAAAAUCAAGCCAGAGAAUAACGCCCUUGAGCAAUGUGCGUCUGUUGAUGGUGUAGUAGCUACCCUAAAUAUUACCGGACAGAAAGUAUUAUAUUAUAAAACAAAGAUGUUUAAUAUAUUUUCGAGAAGUAGAUGGCGCACAGAAAUGCUAAACAUCGAACAAGCGUGAGUGGAUUUUGUAGUGAUUCUAUUUUGCUCCAGCACAAGUUGGUUAUGGGAAGUGAAACAGCAAAUAGUUUUUAUCAAGGCAGUGAUUAAAAAGAGAUCACUAUAACAUGACAAGUGGAGUAAUUCUGGGUUUUUGACGCACUGUGGUCAAC